AUGUCUUUCAAGCGCAGUCGAUCCAACUCACCUUCUCUUCAAUCCGACAUCAAGAAAAAGGUGAUCCUUCUGAGAGAGGAUGUACCACUUAUACAGAGUAAGUCUCGCAUUAUCAUCAAUGAUGGCAAUGAAACUAAUGCCAUGAUCAGCAGCUUAGUACAUGAGUUGGUUCAGAUAUAUGUCGCCAAAGGGAAUAAGGAGAAAGUCUUUCAUGUGUUCAAGAAGAAGCUUUGCGACAAGAUACCCUACUUCGAUCAGCUUCUUAAGAACAGUCAAGAUUCUAUUAUCAAGUUCCUCAACGGCUCCCGUAGAGCUUUUGACGUGCUUAUCGAAUGGAUUCAUACAGAUUUCUUGCGCGACAUUGAUAUUUUGGAGAAAAAGAGCGAGGACGGAGUUUUCGAACUACACUAUUCAUGGUCUCCCAAACUUCUAUACAUGCUUUUAGAGGAACUGCAUCUUCCUGUUCUUAUGAACCGAGUCAUUGAAGUUGUACGAAGGAUGGAUGGUUUAUACGGAUUCUACUAUGAUGCAGAAGAUAUCAAGUUAACCUAUGGAUCGAGGAUGGGAUACCCAAGAAUGAAAAAGUAUAUCGCUGAGUUGACAGCAUAUCUGUUCCGCGAGGAUGCCGAUGGGGAACCCUACCUUACAACCUCUGAUCUAGUACCUGUUAUGGAGAAUAAAGAGUUUGCUCGCGAUUAUUUGAACGCAAGCCGCAAUAUCAACCUCAGCGAUCCACGCAAAGGCCCGGUUGUCGAUUUCAUAUGCACGGAAAGGACAAGGAAUGCCUAG